AUGAUUUGCUUGGAAUCGAAAAGGGCCAAAGCACCUCUGGCAACCAACUGGUCGCGACUGCAAGGUCCGAUUGAGCAUGAUCAGGAACGGUCACCUGAGCCACACAGAGGCGAGGAAGACAUUCAGGUAUAUGGUGCCACAAGCCUGCUUCAUGACCAAUCAUCCAGGACAUUAUUGGCAAACCAAAGACAUCCACCGGGUGAUCAAGAUGAACUGACCACGGAAAUAAUCGAAGCCCAGCUCAUUUCAAAUGCUGCCCUGCGUCGACAAGAAGAGCUCAGAUUGACCUAUACCCCUAGUAUAGCAUCAAAUAUCGACUUUGAUGGGAUUCCCAUGGAUUUGGCAUUACACCUUUUGGAUCUGCACUGGAACCGUCAGCAUUUGUCCUACUUGCUAACCUAUCGCCCUGCAGUAAUGGAUAGUUUGUUUAACAAUGGACCAUACAUGAACAAGCUGCUGCUGAAUGCAAUUUAUCUGCAAAGCAGCUUGUAUAGUGACCGCCAACUGCCACCUGGGCUCCAGCAUCCGAAUGAGAGGGGGCUUGCCUUCUAUGAGCGGUUUAAAAUCCUGCUACCGCAAUAUCUUGAUUCGCCUACUAUCCCGACAGUAGUAGCUCUUUUAACAUGCGGCGCGUGCCUUGUGCCGUAUGGCAGGCAGAGUGCAGGCUGGGCACUAUCCGGAAUGGCGUACCAAAUGGUCGUUGACCUUGGGUGUCAUAUGGAAUAUUCUUCAUCACCCGGUGAUCAAACUAGCGGCAAUUCCAAAAUUAUUGAGCAAGAGAUGAAAAAGCGGAUCUACUGGGGAGCUUUUGUCAGUGAUAAAUUUCAAUCACUAUUCCUUGGCCGCCCACCAAUGAUGCACGAAGCCACCGCUAAUGUGACGAGCAACUUUCUGGAUUCAUUCGAGGAAAUGGAAGAGUGGCGACCAUACCAUGAUAAUAUUUCACAGCCAGUUGAUGUUCCAGCUCCCGCUUAUUGUGGAAAACCAUCAUAUGCGAUAAGCACGUUCCAGUCAUUAUUACGACUCUGCAAGAUCGCAGCACAGAUCAUUGAAAUAUUCUAUUCCGUGAACAGCGCCAGGACAUCGAAGGGGAUGCUUUUGCAGGCCAGACAUAGUGUCUUGGAACAACUCGGUCAAUGGAAUGAUACACUUUCCCCUUGGCUUCGAUUCGACCUCAAUAUGGAUUCCAUACCUGCUCCACAUCAAAUGACACCACAGUAG